AAACUCUGGAUGAAGAGAUGGUCCUUCAAGAGAGUGCCUCUCUCAGUGUCCCGCCUCAGGCCCCCUUCGGGACGGGGUCCUCCUCCUCACUGUCCCCCCCCUCCAUCGCUGAAGAUGCCUUCUUAGGGAGCUCCAAAAAAGACACGGAUGCGUGUUCAGUCGUGAGCGACUACGACUGCCCCUGUGCUGAGUUGAGCAGCAGUGUGGAGGACCUGCUGGACCUCAGCUCUUCUCUCAAAGACUCAGAGUACUUUAAAGACCUGGAGGGAGGGAUACCGGCUUCUUUUACUGCAUCCACAGAGAGAAACCCCCUACCUCUCGGCCUGCAGGUGUCUCUAAACACAGACACCAAACAGCCUACACACACUUCUCUGAGCACACAUUCUCAUCGAGUCAAUGCACCACCUUCCCCCUUCUACAUCCACCCUGCAGAGGAGCCACAUCAGAACUUUGUGGUCACUCAGUUGAGGCCGAAGUUACACCCAGGCUGCAUCAUUGACAGCGAUGAGUCCUCGGGUCCUGCAGUAGGACUGAGCCUGACCAUUAAUCUGAACGGACUGCUGGGGUCGAUGGAGACGGCUAAAGGGAUAACGGGAUCGCAGGAGGAGAAGGAGCAGGGCGGUGUGGGUUUAGACGGAGAGCUGGACGAGGACAGCUUCCCUAUUCUGGUCCGGUCCAUGUCCACGUCUCGGAGGCACAGCUUGGGGGUCCCCAUGUCCCCCCUUACCUUGGGGAGGAGGCUGAGUCUGGACACCAUGGCCACGGACAGUGAUGGAGAGAGAGAGGAAGAUGAGGAAGAGGAGGAAGGAAUGAAAGGUUUCUUCCCGUCCCAACAGCAGCAAACAUACGGCUCGGGUCCCGGAGAGGAGACGGACGACUACAGUCUGAGUGUCCCCUGUCCCAGAGCCAGAGUCACCAGCAUGGUAAUAAAACAACGGUGA